GAACCGAACCCCACUCUCCCAGUCUCCCGCACAGCCGCACCUGACACCCCGCGCUUCUACGGGAGGGAAUCGGCAUAAAUCGAGGUCAAUGCAGAUCGCCGCGACUUCCACUGUCUCCCCGAGCCCGCAUGCGAAGCAUUUGCCCAAACCUUUCCCCCGGCCGUCCCGCGUCCACCUCUCCUCUUUCCGGUUCCGGAACAAGGCGUCGAUCUCGAUCGCCAUGGCCGCCUCGACGUCGCCGCCGCCUCAGGAGCUCACCAUCACGCAGCCCGACGACUGGCACCUCCACCUCCGGGAAGGCGACGUCCUCGCGGCCGUGCUCCCCCAUAGCGCGCUGCAUUUUGGAAGGGCCAUCGUGAUGCCCAACCUGAAGCCACCGGUGACCACGACGGCACGUGCAGUGGAGUAUAGGGAGGAGAUCCUCAGGGCACUGCCGCCUGGGAGCAGCUUUGUGCCGCUCAUGACGCUCUACCUCACCGAUAAUACUAGCCCAGAGGAGAUCAAGCUCGCAAAAAAGAGCGGUGUGGUUUUUGCUGUGAAGUUGUACCCUGCCGGAGCAACUACUAACUCCCAAGAUGGUGUCACUGAUAUAUUUGGGAAAUGCUUACCUGUGCUCGAGGAAAUGGCUAGGCAGGAGAUGCCUUUGCUUGUUCAUGGAGAAGUCACAGAUCAGCAUGUUGAUACCUUUGAUCGGGAGAAGGUUUUCAUUGAGAAAAUAUUGGCGCCACUUGUACAGAGACUGCCACAGCUGAAAAUUGUUAUGGAACAUAUCACCACUAUGGAUGCGGUUAACUUCGUAGAAUCAUGCAAAGAAGGUCAUGUUGCUGCAACGGUGACUCCCCAACAUCUUCUUCUCAACAGGAAUGCCUUGUUUCAGGGUGGUUUGCAGCCACACAACUAUUGCUUACCUGUACUCAAAAGAGAAACCCAUAGACAAGCAAUCGUUUCUGCGGUAACAAGUGGGAGUAAACAAUACUUUCUUGGUACUGACAGUGCUCCUCAUGAUAAACGGAGAAAAGAAUGCUCCUGUGGUUGUGCAGGAAUAUAUAGCGCUCCUGUCGCUCUUUCCCUUUAUGCGAAAGUAUUUGAGAAGGCCGGUGCUCUUGAUAAGCUAGAAGCAUUUACAAGCUUCAACGGCCCAGAUUUUUAUGGCCUUCCAAGAAAUACCUCCAAGAUCGUCCUUAGAAAGAGCGCCUGGAAAGUACCUGAUACAUACUCAUACAGUUCAGGAGAGAUCGUACCUAUGUUCACUGGCAGCACCCUCGAAUGGCUUCCAUCUGAUCAACUUGAAGCAUGAACAGAGGAAAUUUAUUCUUGGGGGAAAACUCAACUGGAAUGGAGUACUAUGCCUUCCCUUGUUGCCAUCUCUGUUAGAAUCAAUACCAAACUUUUCGAGUCAUAAGCACCCUCAUUUGAAAUUCUUGAA